ACUAGGUACAGCCAAGUACUACCUUUAAAUCUCAUUGAUGCAAAAGACUGUACUCGACGAUGGCGCGUAUUCUACUGUAUGUUCACGUUAUUGCUUUAGUCUGGCACCAAGGUACCUCGAGUCAACUCGACCUCCCGCAGCUGUGCAUCGAUGAAGAUAUUGAUAUUCCCACCUCGGACGCUCAGUAUGCUGAACAACUUCAGCUGAGUGAACUCGGCGAAACUAUCACGUACUUGCAAGGUCUGUUGGACUCGGGUUGUUCAGACAUCCUUGGACGUUUUCUCUGCCUCGCCCACUUACCAAGACCCAACGUCAUCAAGAACAAGCUCGCCCAAGAUGGUGCUCCACACCAAUAUCUCCUACCUUGCUCUGGGGUUUGCCGGGAUAUAUGGCGAAGCUGCCGCAGUACGGCCAGCCAACUUGGUCUCCGUCGGCCUGCCGUGUUUGACUGCAGUAAGCGCUACCUUCACGAGGAUAACAGUGAUUGCCUGACAGCUGACCAUCUCUACCCACCAGUAGACACACCUCUACUCAACAGCGUUACCCGCUUCAGAAACAACAGUGCUUCUUUAGAGUUCCAUCCACAGUCAACCUACCGUAUCUCAAAAUUUGGCGUCCUCAUUCGCUUCAACGACACCACGGGUCUAAAGUCCAACAUGUGCCGUUUACAAAAUUCCAAUCCCGACUACACUAUGAAUACAUGUAUUGAAGCUUUCGACCGUCCGGAUAGUUACAUAUUGGAGUUGUUUCUGGUGAAUGGCUUCGGUGAAGGACCGAAGAUGCGUUACGUGCUCAAGGCAGUUGAAGACGACGUCUCUGCUGAAGAUAGCACCUCGGUCAUGGGUACCUCGAUCUACAAGGCAUCAUACGGUUCAUAUUGGUCGUGUAGUGAUGUUGAUGUGAAGUUGUGCCCGAAUCACACCAGGGCGGCCCUGCCCAACCCUGUCUGGCCGAACCAUCCGUACACCCGGACAACGGAGCACGUGGAGAGCAUCCUGACAGCCUUCUCACAGCUUUUCGUCGAUGGUUGCCUCAACUGGUUCCUGUGUGCUUCUUACCUUCCGACCUGCACCGAGGAAGGAGUGAUUAUUCCCCCGUGCAGGGAAACUUGCUAUAGGGCUCACACGUGCCCUCCUAUUGCACAGUUCUUCCAGGGCGCUCUGCCCAUGCCGGACUGUCAGAACUUACCAUGGAGAAGUUCUGGGAAGUGCGUGAGCGAACCCGGUGUGUCUGCCGAACCAGAAGUCGUCACACCUGAGGGUCAAUGUGAAGACAUCGCCAUCCCAAUGUGCCGGUCCGACAUACCAUACACAAAGACAAGCAUGCCAAACUACCUGAACAUGACCACACAGUAUGAAGCCAGGCUACAUUUACAAAGUUUUUACUCACUAGUGAACACUGACUGCUCUCCAUAUCUUCGGACCUUCCUAUGUGCGGUCAGUGUACCACGGUGCUUUGAUGAUGGUUCCAGCCCAACCAAACGAGUCCCAUGCAGAGAGCUGUGUGAAGAAGCUAGGAGUGGAUGUAGGGGGCUCAUGACUGAGUUUGGUAUCAGUUGGCCUCAAAAUCUUGAAUGCGAGAAACUUCCAGGUCGAGAAACUGGAGCUUGCUAUAACGGAGCAGACGAUGAGAAAUCAGAAGAUGUUCCAACCCUGGCUCCCGCGGUGGCAGCACGUCGUUAUGAACUCAAGGAUCUAGGGUUGCCAUCACUAUUCCGAGGCUGGGUUGAUGUACAGGGACAAGGAGCGGCUAAUGACUACUGCAGGGUGGUGACCAUAACGAAUCGUCAAGGUGCGACGCCCUUCCUGUCAUGCGCACUGGCAGGCAUGCAGGGAGCCGGCGAGUACAACUACAACAGUACGGGGGCGUGGUUUGAUGCAGGCCACAUGGACACGUGGUACAUGAGAGAUGUCAAUCAAGAUGGGAGGGACGACUACUGCAGGUGUGUUGGUUGCGUACCCGAGACAUACACAUCAUGCCUCCUCGCGGAUGACGGUGGAUUCUUAGGAGCCGUGCUCGACUUCCAGCCUCCUCAAGGAGGUUGCCACUACAUCAGGGUCAAUCCAUUCUUUGGAACGCCCUAAAAACAUCUUAUCAAACAUGAAAACAUGUGUGUUUAAAGCUUGUGAUAAUUAAUGCAGUAAUGUUGCAUCCCGUUUAUGUAUGUAUUUACACAGCAACGAAUUAUGAGAGAGUUUUUAUGUGUAAACUCAUUGGAUCUUUUAAUGUUUUACUAUGUUUAUCCUUUUAAUUUUUAAGUAGUCCAUAGACGUUUAAAGGCACUGGAC